GCGGUGCUGAGCACGGACGCUCGCGCCCCUCCAUAAAUGCCCGGUCCGUCGAGGAGGCUCGAGGCUGGGCAGCAAGAUGAGCUCGUGGGUGCAGCUGCUGCUCGUGGUGCUGGCGGCGUGUCCGCGGUCCGGCCAAGCCGAGGGGGACGCUCUGCCUGCAGCCCUGGUGGAGCUGGUUAGAAACAGCCCCAUCUCUUCCAUAGAGGACCUCCAGCUGCUUCUGCUUUCUGACUCCGUAGAUGAGGAGGACGGCACCUCUGCAGCCAAUGGAGGACACAGACUACCACGGAGCCUCGUCCGAACGGAGGUGGUGGAAGUCACCAGGGCCAUGCUGGACCGCAGCAACGCCAACUUCCUGCUGUGGCCGCCGUGUGUGGAAGUGCAGCGCUGCUCCGGCUGCUGCAACACCAAGAGCCUGCAGUGCGUCCCUGUGGUCACGCACACCAGAUACCUGCAGGUCAUGAAGAUUGAGUACAUCAACAAAAGACCCACCUACGCUAAAGCGGUGGUCUCAGUCAUGGAUCACGUGGAGUGCAGAUGUCAGCCGGCUCCACGCCUCCCCAUCCCCAAGAAAAAAUCCUCACGCAGGCCGCACAGCCACCUGCAUCGAAACCAGACGGUCAUCCAGGGGCCUGCACAGGGACAGGUGAAGUUGCACUCCAAAGAUGAACUCCAUCAUUUGGAUGAGCUGAAACAAAACCAGAGGGCCCAUUUUGAGGAUCUCCUGGAUCAACACUGGAAUCCCAGAGGAGACACCUUUACUCAGCCUGGAGAGGCAUACAGCCUCACUGGAGGGGACGGAUCUCGCUCUGGGGAAGCUGUUCUUUUUGCCCCACACUGGACUCACAACUCCACCAGGCCUCUUGGGACUGAGGGUCAAAAUCACAAGCGGGAGAACCUGGAGAGGGAGGACGGCGAGCCGUCAGACGACAACAAAACUGUUCUCUCUGGGGAAAAGGCGAAGUUGAGAGAAGGCGGGGAUAGAUCGCAGUUCAACAACACUGAGGAGAGUGUGAACACAGGAAAAGAAGACAUGCAGACCCACGGCCUGCCUGGGCAAGAAGAAAAAUUCCGACUUUCAAAGAGCCAAACUAGUGGACUCUCUCAGCAGGUCACUGAAAAUCCUCAGUUCCAAUUCAAUCCAAGCGAGGAGGCCGCCGCGGAGAGAGUGGGCAGCAGGCCCCGACCGACCAAAGAGCCAAACCCAGAGCCUCGCCAGCAGCCCCGGCAGAGAGAAAACGAGACUCCCGACGUGGUGGGGAUGUUACAGGCCGAAGAAGAAAAAUUACAGGCAGAGAAAAAAGAGCUCCUUCUCCUCCAUAAGAAGUUAGACCAUGAGAAGGAGAUUCUUCGACAGCAGCAAAUCAAGCGGGAAGAGGAAGAAAGAGACAAUCAGCACCACCUGCAUGGGAAACCUCACCACCGUCUGCAAACCACACAGAAACCAGACAACGACGUCUACAACCACCACGCGGAAGCCGGCUUCCCCAGAGGGCUCCAGGUUCCCCUAUCGUCCACACAGCGCGAGGAGGAGGCUGAGGAAGAAUCGCAAACGGAUCAGCAAAGCAGCCAUGAGAGCGAUGCUCAUGUGAGCCCAGAAACACGCAGUGAACACGGUGCGUUUGAGGACAAUCCAGAGAUGAAGCCGAAGGACACCCCCCCCCACGCCUUCGUUUCAGUAUUUAUUCUUUUGUCAGUAACCCGCUCGUCUUGUGAGAUCUCCUCAGUAACACUACUAAUGACUGUCCGCUGAACCUGUAGCUAUUCCUGGAUGGAGUACAGAAGAGGGGGAAAAAGAAGAUGGAAUAUUUUUACGAGAAGGACCUUCUUUAGAGAAAGAUGGCCUCUACAAUCGCUGAUGGACAGUAAAACGUGGCAACUACAGACUGAUGAAAGUGCGCGGAGUCGUGUGGGGCGCGAAAAAGCACCGCUGUAGAACUGUGGGUCUUAGUGCAAUCUCAGAACUCUUCUCGGAUCCUCGUUUAUCUAUCAUCAGACGGAAUCUGCGCUGAGUGAGUGUUGGCAGAGCCCCGUCCAUGUGGGGAUAACAGCUUGUAGCUGAAAGCCUCGAUUUUGUGAUAACCACUGUUAGAUUAGAGGGGGGGGGGAUAAAAGAGAACAUAGUUUUGGAAAAAUUUACAGAAUGUGGACAUAAACGUUGAAUUGUAAUUGGGUCAUCUGAGACGCAGUGGUCAGCAGCAGCAUGUCCAUGUGAUAUCCUUCAUUAGCUCACUAAAACCACAUUGUAAUUACAUUAAACUCACGGCAAACACUGGAAUAGAACGCAGACAGGAAUAGAGAAUUAAAAGAGAACAGAUUUUAUGCGCAGGCGUAACAACAACAAAAAAAAGAAGACCUGUGAGCCGUUAAUGUGCUAUGACUAUUAUUUAUUUAUCUUUACUGUUACUGUGGAUUAACUCUCUCCGUACAAAUACUGCAAAGAAGAUGUUGUUGAUAUACAUCAUGCACAACAGUCAGUCUGGCUAUUUUAAAUAGGAGCAAAGACUAAUAUAACCUCCCCCCCCCCCACACACAAAAAAGCAGGUCAGAACCCUCUGUGACCUCUCAGUACCGUGCAGUGUUCAACAUCUGUGUGUGCAUGUUGUGUUUGUUUUUUGUGUUUUUAGGGGCUACUGCUGUACCAAAUGUAUCUCUGGUCUUUGUUUUCUACAGAGGGGGGGGGCGGGGGUCUCUUCCCCAGUUUCUCUUUUGCUCGAAAACAAUCAGAUUUCUGGUCCACGCUGAGACGCGCUCCGGCCGUUCUGUGAGGCGUCGCCCCAUUUAAAAAACUAAUUCCUUUACAGGAAACCUACAAGGUCAACGUAAGUACACUGCAAAAACAAACAAAACAAAACAAAAAAAAAGAAGCCAAGUUUAGCUAAUGUAGAUUGUCUCUCUGUCCUGUUUAUCUCUGUCCGUAACGACGUGUAGAAACACACCGCUGAUGCUAUUCUGUGUCCAACAACUCAUAGUCAGCCAAACAUCUUAAAUUAUUGAAAAACACGGCUUGUAUUUCCUAUGUACCAACUUAUAACUGUUACUUAUUGUGGUCUGUUUUAUUAUAAGAUAUGGUGGAGAAAAAAAGAGAAUGUUUGUGAUAACGUUGCCAAAUAAUGCUAUUUUCAUAUGAGUAUAAGAAGCUAAUGUGCUUAAAUUGACAUUGUUUGAGUUUUUAUUCCACUUGUGUCCUCAUUUGAACAACACGAUGACAGUCAUGCACACUUUAGCUGUUUAUAGAACAUUAACUAAUUUAAUUUAGCAUGUUAGCACGUUGAAAUGGGAUCAUUUGUAGCCUAAUAAGCAGCCUCCCUCGUAAACGUACAAAUAUUUAUAUGAAUAAUGUUAGUCUUGCUAUGAUACCUGUGACAACUGGGCUAACACGAACACAAAAAAAAAACGACAGAACUUUUACA